CACCUCAUACCCCCUUGACUCCCUAUACUCCCGCUAGCUCUCCUCAUUCUCGUGCCAUGUCAGACGGGUAUAACCAGGAGAAGGAAGCGCGCUCGAUCGACGCGCUCAACAAAUUCGUCGGCCAGGACCCGAAUGCGAUGUAUACGUUUGACGCGCCGGCGGGUGUACCGAGGGCGGAGCUCUGUAGGGGGAAGAAUUGUGUGACGCUGGACUUGUAUUCGACGAAGAUGUUUGAGUGUAUGCAGAAGCUCGGAUUCUACUGCGCGCUCCCCAUGGACCCAGGCCGAACGCACAUGGAGUGCCGACCACUGCCAAAGUGACGGUCCUACCCAAACUCCAUAAUUUAUUGUACUAUGGACUAGGAACAUCAACGCAACGACCUCUCAGGCACGAGUAGGAAGGAAAUGUAACUGCAAUGUACAAGGAAUCCAACACCAUGCAUCCUCA